AUGAAACGCGCGCGCACGAGCAGUACCAGCGACGUUGGGUCGCCGCGCGAGAUGACGGCGGACAUGGUAGAGCUCGCGUUCAACCCGCGGAAGAUUCCCCUCGACAUCCUGCCGCUGAUAUUCGAGCACCUCGUCGAUCGGCGCGACCUGCACGUCUGCGCGCAGCUGUGCAGCACGUUCCAUGCGGCGGCGACGCCGCUCCUGUACCGGACGCUCGACUCGCGCGUGAGGAAGACACGGCUCGGACGACCGGUGGUCUGCCACCCCGCGGGCACACUGCUGAAGAAGCCCGAGUACGCAAAAUACGUGCGCCAUGUUAGAGAGACAGGCGCGAUUGGCUUCAGCAAGCCGGAGCUGUUGCACGACUGCCAGCAGGCAGUGAAGUUAUGCACGAACAUCCAGAGCUUCAGCUGGAGCGACCAGAGCCCCGACGCAUCGCACAACGACGAAGUGCUCCUCGCAUUCCUGAACAUCCUCCAGACCCUCAAGCUGAAGCAGCUCACUAUUCGUACGUACCUAAGCCUCGGCGAAGAAGUGUGGGACAAGCUGCAAGAGUUCCGGGGGCUGACGAAGGUCGCGCUGUGGGUGAUGGAGGGGCCGCCGCGGGUCCUGCAGGGGUGGUCGGAGCAUCUAGGUUCGACGCUGACCCACCUAGAGCUAGGAGUCGGUGUCGUCUCGAGUCACAUCACCCAUCACCGAUCUCACUCCCAGCUUUCCAUGCAGCGUUCCGCCGGCGUCCCCGCGUCGAUCCUCAUCUCCGUCUUCUCGCACCUCACGCACCUCCGCUCGCUCCGCCUCAAGGGCGCCCCGACGAGCGCGAUCCUCGAGAUCCUCCGCACCCUCCCCAAGCUCGAGUCCCUCGACACGGAGUACUUCGGCUCCGGCCUCUCGCACUGGCCUGCCGAGCCCACCGCGCGCCUCCGCGAGCUUACCGUGCGCACGAGCUCUAUCGACGUCCAGGGCCCGCAGCAGUUGUGGUCCUGGAUCCUCCAGCUGCUCCCGCAUCCCUCCUUGCAGUCGUUCACCCUGAAUGCAUUCUCGACGCAGGGCGACGCGCCGCUGCCUCGCCGUUUCCUGCUCGACAUGGCAAAGACGCACGGGACGACGCUGACGCACUUCAACGUGUCAUCUGCGCUGUUGACCCUCGACGACGUGGAAUGCCUCUGCACGAUCUUCCCCGCUCUGGAGACAUUGUCGUGCUCGCUCGCCUUUUGCCAGGAAGCCAAGCAAGUAGAAGCGGCGACCGUGAACGGCCGCAACCUGCGCGAGCUGCGCCUGCACACAAGCUGGGUGCCGUCCCGCUACGGCACCGAGCAGGUCACCAUCCCCUUCGCGCUCGAAAAUGCGAGAACGCUGAUGCUCCGCGAGAAGUCCCGCAUCCGAGUGAUCGGUGUUGGCCGUGAGCUGUACACGGGCCAAUGGGUGCGCCAUGCAUCGCGGGAUGAACUGGUGUUCGAGGUCGUCCGCGAUAUCGUGUAUGAUGCUUGA